UUUAGUCAUACAGGCUACGUUCCGAAAUUCACUGCCAGUACUAAAAAUCUAUAAUUUAUGUUACGUAUACUAUAGAAUUUCAGCACUAACAGUGAAUUUCGGAACGCAGUUACAGUCAUCGCCUUGCGAUUCUUGCAGUUUGGUUAGAGUGCCCUGGUUUAUAAACACAGAGAGGUGAGUACAUCUAAAUUAAUAUUCAAAGCAUGGAUGCUAACGAUAUUAAGCCAGCUGUUAGUAAAGGAAAGGUUAAGAAACAUCAUUCAACAUCACGGUUAGAUAAAAAUGCUUUUAAAAAAAUGUUAAUCCCUUACUUUACACUAAAUAAAAAUUUAUAUAUUCAGCGCAAUGUGCCUAUUACAUCGACUACGCACAAUGAAAAAGUAAGUUUAAUAUAUCCACACACACAUACGUCUAAUAUACAUGAAAAUAAAGUAAUUUUACUUGAACAUUCACAAUCAACUACACAUACAGACAAAACAAAUUCAGUUGAACACCCAGAGUCAAAUAAACAUGCAAAAAAAAUAAUUUUACUUGGACCUACACAAUUGACUACAGAAAAAGCAAAUUCACUUAAACAUCCACAGUCAAAUACACAUGAAAGAAAAGUAAUUUUACUUGGACCUUUACAAUCCACUCCACAUAAGGAGGAAGCAAUUUUGGCUGAACAAUCACAGCCAACUACAUACACAGUAAAAGCAAAUUUAGUUGAACAUCCACAGUCAAAUACACAUGAAAGAAAAACGACUUUACUUGGAUAUUCACAAUCGACUACACAUAAGGAGGAAGCAACUUUGGUUGAACAAUCACAGCCAACUGCACACACAGGAAAAGCAAAUUCAGUUGAACAUUCACAGUCAAAUACACAUGAAAGAAAAAUAAUUUUACUUGGACCUUUACAAUCCACUCCACAUAAGGAGGAAGCAACUUUGAUUGAACAAUCACAGCCAACUCCACACAUAGUAAAAGCAAAUUCAAUUGAACAUCCACAAUCAAAUACACAUGAAAGAAAAAUAAUUUUACUUGGACCUUUACAAUCUGCUCCAUAUAAGGAGGAAGCAACUUUGGUUGAACAAUCACAGUCAACUACACACACAGUAAAAGCGAAUUCAGUCGAACAUCCACAGUCAAAUACACAUGAAAGAAAAAUGAUUUUACUUGAACAUUCACAAUCGCCUACACAUAAGAAGGAAGCAACUUUGGUUGAACAAUCACAGUCAACUAAGCAGACAGAAAAAGCAAAUUUAGUUGAACAUCCAGAGUUAAAUACACAUGAAAAAAAAAUACUCUUACUUGAACAUUUACAGUCAACUGUAGAUAAAGAAAUAACAAAUUCAGUUCUCUCUCACAGUGAACAUCCACAGUCAAGUACACAUGGAAAACAAAUAAUUUUACUUAAACAUCCACAGUUAACUACACAUACAGAAAAAGCAAAUUCAAUUGAACAUGCAGAGUCAAAUACACAUGAAAGACAAAUAAUUUUGCUUGGACCUUUACAAUCAAAUCCACAUAAGGAGGAAGCAACUUUGGUUAAACAAUCACAGUCAACUACAUAUACAGAAACAACAAAUUCAGUUGAACAUCCAGAGUCAAAUAAACAUGAAAGAAAGCUAAUUUUACUUAAAAAGUUAUUGUCAGUUACACCUAAGGAAGGAACAACUUUGGUUGAACAAUCACAGUCAACUACACAUAUAGAAAAAGCAAAUUCUGUUGAACAUCCAGAAUCAAAUAUACAUAAAAGAAAAAUAAUUUUACUUGGACCUUUACAGUCAAAUCCAGAUAAGGAAAAAGCAACUUUGGUUGAACAACCACACUUAACUCUACAUACAGAAAAAGCAAUUCAUCCAAAGUCAAAUACACAUGAAAGGAAAAUAAUUUUAUUUGGACAUUUACCAUCGACUAUAGUUAAGGAGAAAACAACUUUAGUUGAACAAUCACAGUCAACUACACAUACAGAAAAAGCAAAUUCAGUUAAAUAUCCAAAGUCGGAUAUACGUAAAAAAAAAGCGAUUUUACUUGAGCAUUUACCGUCGACUUCAGUUGGAAAGAAAACAAAUUUGGUUGCACAAUCACAGUCAACUACAUAUACAGAAACAGUAAAUUCUGUUAAACAUCCAAAAUCAAAUACACAUGAAACAAAAAUGACUUCACAAUCGACUUUAAUUAAGGAGGAAGUAAUUUUGGUUGAUGAAUCACUGCCAACUACACGACGAGUAGAUUUAAUUGAACAUUCACAGUUGGUUGCAUCUACAGAAAAAAACAAUUCUCGAAACUUGGCAAAAGAAAAUAUAAACUUCUUUUCACAUGAAAACAAAGUUAAACAAGCUGAGAUAAAAAUAUCUGCAUUUUUGGUUCAACAUAAUAUACCGUUUCAUAGCUUGAAGCGUUUGAUACCGAUAAUAAAAGAAAUUGGCCGAGAUCCGAAUGUUUUAGCACAUCUCUCACUCGAGCAAAAUAUAUGUACAAGUAAUAAACAGGUGAUCGAGGAGGGCGAAGUUGACGAAAUGAUUAAAAAAUUGCGAAUCUGUAAAUUCUCAAUGUUAAUAGACGAGGCUACUGAUAAUUCUAAGCAAGUCAUGUGCGUUUUAGUACAGUAUAUUUCACCACAAGAUAAAAAAAUUGUGAGGCAAAUGUUAAAAUUGAUAAGUAUAGAGCUAGCAGAUCCUGCAAACACAUUUUACAGAGAGUUGAAAAAUUUUUUUGAAAGAAAGAAAAUUCCUUUGCAAAAUAUAGUUGCAGUGAUAAUAUAGAGCAAUCUACGUGUUUAAGUGAAUUUAAUGAUGUUUUCAAUACGGAGACGAAAAUGAUGUUAGAAUCGUCAGACACGAAAUGGUUAGUCUUACACAAAUGUAUUAUCAAGUUAAUUGACAAUUGGGAUAUUUUAAAAAAAUACUUUAUUUCUGCAGCAGCAGAAAGUAAAUCUGAAUCCACAGUGACUGUUUCAAAACUAUUCAAUGAUGAUUCAAUAAAUAAAACAAUAAAAGCGUAUCUGCUAUUUCUAAAAUAUUCAUUACAUUUUUUCAACAAUUUAAAUGACUUUUAUCAAUCCCACCGAUUUUUGAGUCAUAUUCUACUUGAAAGUAGUCAACAAUUGAUUUGCGAAGUAGCUUCAAAUUUUAUGGUGUCAAAAGCUUUAGAGGAUAUUGUAAAUAUAAAUUUAAGUAAUCACAAGAAUAUACUAAAUGUAAAUAAUAUAUAUGUGGGGCCAGAAUGUAAUUCAUUCUUAAGGACAUUAUCUCCAAAACGUGCGCGAGAGAUUAGAAUACAAUGUCGCGAUUUUUAUGCAGCUGCAGUUUGCAAAAUGUUGGAAUGUUUACCGUACAAAGAUACAAUGUUCGAGCAAUUAAUGUUUCUACAACCUAAAAUUGCACUUUAUUAUGAAGGUAGAAAAAAAAUUAGAGAUUUAACGUAUAUUGCAAUGUGUAUAGGGCAUCCCGAUAUUACAAAAUUGUCAUAUGAAUGGAGAAUUCUGCCAACAGUAUAUAACGACACAGAAAAAGAAGAAUUAGCGGCUCUAGAAGUAGAUGAAAUGUGGAAACGAAUAUUAGAGUAUGAAGACUUCAAUGGGGAUAAAACGUUUCCAAAUCUCGAAUUAUUAGUCGAAUCAGUAUUUACUUUUCCACACUCGAAUUCCGAAAUCAAACAUAUUAUUUCAACGGUCACAAGUAUAAAAUGUGAAGAAGAUGAUAUACAAGAUAGUACAAGAUAUGAUGAGGUACAAGAUAGUACAAUACAUGAUGAGGUACAAGACAGUACAAGACAUGAUGAAGUACAAGACAAUACAAGAUAUGAGGUACAAGACAGUAUAAAAUAUGAUGAGAUACAGGACAGUACAAGACAUGAUAAAAUACAAGACAAUACAAGACAUGAUGUGAUACAAUACGUUUUUAUUAAAGAAGAUCCCUCUGAGUAAAGAAAUAUUUUCUUUUAUACUAAGGAAAACAAUCUUUAAGAAAUAAAAGAUAUUUAUUUCGAUGGAUACUAAUAUCAUGUGUUUACUUCCCUGACAGCACCGGACGUGGCGAGCACGUCGCUACGACGUAAUAACGUAAACGUAAUAACAUGCUUGUAACUUUCUUGCUGUUUUUGCCGCGAAAUCACGUCACCUUCAAACGACUGUGCACGUCUGCACGUCUAUGCAGACAGAGUUAUAUUAACAUAACAAUUUUCAAAUAACAAGAUAUAUAUAUAUAUAUCUUGUUAUUUAUAUAUAUAUAUAUAUAUAUAUAUAUAUAUAUAU